GAGUCAGAGUGGGAGCGCCAUCUCUCGGUGAUCAUCCUGGAUACUUCUCCCAGCUCUGGACUCAUGGCACGCAGCUGUUGAGCGGCUGACAGGCGUGUGAGGAGCUCAAGCGCUGCUGCUUCUCAGGCUGCUGGGAGCAGCGAAGGAUCUGCUCGCUGCUGCUUUGGAAAGGACUGCUGUGCCUCCACACGCAACUGUUGGUGAACUUCUGCCCUAGUGUCAAGUCUUUUUCUCCAUCUUGCAAGCUUUCUUCCAGGACUGGAUUGUUUUUAGCUUCAUCCAUCUUCCCAUUAAAGCUGACCUGCGCCUCUCUGUCCCUACUGAAGAAAAGCAUCGCCACAGCAGGAUGCUGCCACCACCAUAUUUAUGGUGGCAAUGAUGGCUCGGGAGCAGUAUGUCACCACCACCCAGGGCAGCAGCUCGCCCCGGCCUGUGCCCGACUACGUCUACAAGAUCGGCAUCUAUGGCUGGAGGAAGCGUUGCCUCUACCUGUUUGUGCUGCUGCUGAUCGUCAUCCUGGUUGUCAACUUUGCCCUCACCAUCUGGAUCCUCCGGGUGAUGUGGUUCAACGCGGAAGGGAUGGGACUCCUACAAGUACACUCUGAUGGAGUAAAGCUGGAAGAAGGAGAGUCUGAGUUUCUUUUCCCGGUCUACGCUCAGGAGAUUCACUCCAGAGAAGAUUCUUCCCUGGUUGUGCAUUCAUCAGAAAACGUUUCCCUCAAUGCCCGCGACGAGAAAGGGAACGUUACGGGGAGGACAUCUGUGGGUCCAAAAGAGGCUCAGGGACACACUCAGAACAUGAUCAUCAACUCCCACAAUGACAACAUGCUGUUCAGUGCAGAUGGUGGGCGAAAUGUGAUCGGGCCGGACAAACUCCGAGUCACAGGUCCUGAGGGAGCUCUGUUUCAGCAUUCUGUAGAGGUGCCGCUGCUGAAGUCAGAACCUUUAAAAGACCUGAAGUUGGAGUGUCCAACCCGCUCUGUGACUAUGGACGCACCGAAAGGAGUUCAUCUCAAAGCGCUGGCUGGAAACAUCGAAGCUGCUUCCAACAUGGACGUCAUCCUUCAGUCGAGUUCGGGGCUGCUGGUGCUGGAUGCGGAGACAGUGCGGAUGCCGAGCCUGCCGCUGAGCAAGGGAGGCGUUUCUGGAAAUACUCAGGGUCUCUAUGAGGUCUGUGUCUGUCCCAGUGGAAAGCUCUUCCUGUCCAAGGCUGGGAGAACUUCCACUUGCAGCGAAAAUCAGGACUGUUAGACAGAGUCUGACUAAGCCAUCGACUUUUCAUCUCUUUGAAGAUACACCUUCUGGGAGGCAACAAGCACAACUGUUUAUAUGGAGCGCAAGUUUACUUCCUUUCUUGUUUUUUUUUAAUGCUCACACCCAAGUGGAUCUGCGGAUUUCCCACUUACACAUCAAGCUGUGUAAAAAAAAAAAUUCUUCUGGCAUGCAUGUCACAGAUGUCCUGAAAUACAUCUCUUUGUACUUGAACUGAUGUUGAUCUAAGUAUUGAAGUGAUGCAAUUUUGCUUUGCAGUUUAAAAAUGUCAGAUUUUUUAAAAUGUUUUCGCACAUGCGGUGUUAUGGCUGGGCAAUGAGGAGCUGGUAACAGCUUACAUCCUAUGCAAUAUUAUCUUGUGGUGCAAUAAAUAAAAUAAUGCGUAUGAAGGCCUUGGAAAACUUGGAAUUAAAUGGUUAUAUAUUUUUUUCUAGAAGUAUUUCUUUUAGUUAAUGAUGCUUCAUCCAAAACUCCUAGCCCUUGGUAUGUGGUCUUUUUAUCUUAGCGUAUAGUGUGACUUUAUUUGAUUAAGGGGGAAAUGGAGGUACAUUUUGAGUUGACUAAAGACAAUGUGAAAACUAGAGUUUGUCUUUAUCUUCUAUAAGACUUUUUUUUUUAGCAAAUUUUAAAUAAAUAAAAAUCACCCUAUGUUAAUAUCACAAGUUCAGUAUCACAUGGUAUGUUUAGCGCGUCAUAUUUUAGAGCUUAUUAUAUAAUUAUGGAACCACAAGAAAGUUAUUUAAGCAGGCCUUUUUGUUCAGGCUUAUUUAAAGUCUAAAGUCAGUCGGAAACAUUAGUUUUUACCACAGCAACAUGGAAGCAGAAACAAAUCUAAAGAAAUCAGUCAGGAAUACUUCAAUAAAUUAAAGAGGGAAUGACUGUUUCUAUCUACUUCAGUGUUUUGCAUUCCUUUCAACACAUCUUGCAGAACAGGAGCUCAAUAUUUGCUUUCACUAUAUGGAUGGAGGUGUCUGUCAACAGCGUAUGAAAUGUCAGUAUUUUCUAAAGGUUAUGUUUUGUAAGUGAUGCAUUGGUGUAUUUUACAUGCCUGUUUUUAUCAAAGCUAUGUUGUAUUGAUUGUGCUGUGAUGGCAUUGUGAUAUGAAAGUAAAGGAUAAUAAAGGUGAUAUUGAAGUUUA